AUGGUUUGCUUGCCAUUACCAAGCGGGAAGUGGCAGCUCGUCUGCUUGACUUUGGUCAACUCUGUCUCAAUGGCGCACUUUGGCUACGACCAGGGAAUCUUUGCCGGUGCCCUCAUAUCGACUGAUUUCCUCGAGAUAUUCCCAGAGACCAAGGAUCCAGGUAUCUCGGGCAUUACGUCCAGCUGUUUCUCUCUCGGUGCUUUCUUCGGCUGUCUUGCAUCAUUCUCACUUGGGGAUAGACUGGGGCGGAAGCAAUCUAUCUACAUUGGACUCGCUGUCAAUGUCGUUGGCAUUAUCCUACAGAUUACAGCUUACCAUUUGCCUCAUAUGAUUGUUGGCCGGCUCAUUAACGGGUUUGGUAUGGGUAUUACGUCUUCGGUUUGCCCUGUAUUCAUGGCGGAGGUCUCUCCAUCUCAGAUUAGGGGAAAGCUUGUUGUGCUAGGCUCACUCUGCAACACGGUUGGAUUUUGCUUAGCGAAUUGGAUGAGCUAUGCCCUAUUCGACACCAACGGACCAUUUCAGUGGCGGUUUCCUUUAGCCUUCCAGCUGGUAUUUUCGGUCAUUGUACUGGUAUUUCUAUCAUUCACUGUCGAUUCACCACGAUGGCUCUUGCUACGAGGACGUUUCGAAGAAGGUCGAGUGACACUCGCUAGACUACGAGGAACGAUGCAGGAUCUCGAUGACCAAAACUUGAACGACGAUAUCAAAUCGAUCCAACAGGCACUCGAGCAGGAGAAAAUAGCUCGUGUAUCUCCGGUAGACGCUAUACUCUGUAGAGAUCCCCUGCACACCAUUCGCCGGCUAUUACUCAGCUGCGGGACUCAAUUUAUGCAACAAUUCAGUGGCGUGAAUGCAUUAGGAUAUUACUUUCCUACAGUUUUGAUCGAGUCGGUCGGGGUGUCUAGCUCGUAUGCAAGGUUACUGGCCGCAGUGAAUGCCAGCCUCUACUUGGGAGCGGCUUUUGUAUGUCUGAUCCUAAUCGACAUAGCGGGAAGACGCAAGCUGAUGAUGUACGGCUCUAUUGCGAUGGGAUCUUGUUACCUUGUUGCCGCAACCACACUGAGAGAAGCAAAGCUUCAUCCGGAACAAAAGACAGCUUUUGGCAAAGUCACGGUUGCCAUGUUCUUCCUUUACUAUUUCUGCUACGGCACAAGCUUCGCUAAAGUCCCUUGGGUUUACAAUUCCGAGAUUAAUAGCUUUGGUUGGCGUACUAGAGGAGCCGCUGCCGCUACUGCAACGAACUGGAUGAGCGGAUUUAUCAUAGUUCAGUUCACAAAGACUGGAGUAGACAACCUCAGAUGGGGAUUCUACCUUCUUUUUGCAGGAUUCUGCUGGUCUUUUUUACCGGUUGUCUUCUUAUUCUACCCCGAAACCUCACGCCGAACCCUCGAAGAUAUGGACGAAAUGUUUAAACAUCACAAUAACCUAUUAGUCUUCAGGGACAAGAUCCUUACACAACAAAGCCGCCCACAAGCCUUCAUCGAUGCCGAGCAGGAGCGUAUCGCCGAGCCAUCUACACUUGUACAAGAGUCUUAGAGCAUCUACGACAUAGGAUUCAAUCGACAUCUACACAUGCCUACCGAGAUAUAGAUAGAACAAGAUGUUAUCGAGACACUCCUAUCUAGUGUCAUUCCUCCUCUCCGUGAUCUGCUUGUCGAAGUAUUACGCCCAAGGCUAUCGCUGCCUUAUCACUACCUGUAGAGGAUAGCCAGAGCCUCGUAGACAAGGAAUAGUGUUCAUGUUCGAUGGAAGCUAUGCUAUAAACUAGCCGUAUAUCCACAUUGCUAAGCUA